AAGUGGGCGUGGUUUCCCGUAAGAGCGCAUGUCUGGUAUGAUGUUGUUGUAAACUUCCGACUUCCGUGUUGCAUCCUAAGGAAGAGAAAAACUUACAGAAACUUCACAGAAAUGUCGAAACCACGACCUGGCAGACCUCCACCACCCGUUCCAAAACCUGGUCAGGUCAAAGUUUUUCGUUCUUUAUAUCCAUAUACUGCUCAGCAGACUGAUGAGCUGUCCUUUGAUGAAGGUGAUACAUUAUAUAUAUUAGAUAUGACUAGCAGUACUGAUUGGUGGAAAGCAAAAUGUGGCAAUAAGAUAGGGCUUAUACCUAGUAACUAUGUUGAAUCUAGUACAGAAUCUAUAGAUUUCCCUUUACAUGAAGCAGCAAAGAGAGGCAAUGUUCCUUUUCUACAGGAAUGUCUGAAUAAUAAUGUUUCUGUGAAUGGUUUAGAUAAAGCUGGAUCAAUACCUCUACAUUGGGCAUCACAUGGUGGUCAUAUAGACUGUGUAAAGAUCUUACUAGCUGUACCUAAUUGUCAAGUAAAUGUUCAGAACAAAAUAGGAGAUACUCCAGUACACUCAGCAGCAUGGAAAGGUCACCCAGAAGUAGUUAAAUUAUUAAUAGAACAUGGUGCUCAGGUAGAUGUGAGAAAUAAUGAAAGAAAACGUCCAUAUGAUUUAGCUAAAGAUCCUGAAACAUUAGCACAACUCAAAUUAGCAGCUGCACCACGGACAACGUCACAAGAUUAUGGAGAUGAAGAAGACUCAGAUUGAUACUAUUUCAUUGUCAUUUUACUGCCAUAUGUUAUAUUAUAUUUCAUACUUUCACACAAUUUUGUUACAAUAUUAUUUAAAUUUUCAAAUAGGUUAAAACUCAAUUAUUUUAGAAUAAUUACGUGUCAAGUAGAAUUUUUAUAUUUCACAUGCAGGAUUUUCUUACAAUUUUUACAUAUCCCUUUAAAAUUUGUGAAAUUUUUCAUAUUUUUUUCCUAUUUAAAAAAAUCACACUCUAAAACUACAUGAAAAAGGGCAUUUUUCUAUUAAAUUUCAAACUUUUAAACAUGACUUUUACACUAAGCUAUAUAAUUAUGUUAUGAAUUGUGCAGUAGUAA